AGCGGUGCUGGGGCUGGGCAGCUGGUCGUUGCAGAGCCCGGAGGAGCCUGUAGAAUUGGCCUGGACUCCACCUGGGAGGAGGCAGAAGAACAGCAUGGCUGUCCCCUGGGAGGGUCCCUGCAGAGGCGGCGGGCUUUGGAAAUGGCUCUGUCUCACAGCCUCCUUCCUGAGCUUCUGCAGCAAACCCAUGUCUGCCCAGCUGACCAUCACGUCCAUCCCUCCCCGAGCUAUCGAGGGGGACAACGUCACCCUGUCUGUCCAGGGGAUCCCUCAGAAUCUCCUCUCCUACAACUGGUUCCGAGGAGCAACCAUUGAUCAGGUUAACCGGAUUGUGAAUUUCAAAUUCACCGACCAUGCCCACACUCCAGGACCAGCUCACACUGGCAGGGAAACGGGCAGUGCCAGUGGCUCCCUGAGCAUCACCGAUGUGCGGAGGUCGGAUGACGGCAUCUACACCCUGCAGCUCAUCUCCUUCGAUGGGAACGGAAACACUAACCGUCAUCAUGCUGUGCUACUUGUCUCUGAGAAGCUGCACCAGCCCCAGGUGGCAGCCCAGAACCUGUCCCCAGUGGAGCACCUGGACUCCUUGAAUUUGUCGUGCAUCUCUCCAAACAAUGAUGUGACGGUCCGGUGGUUUCUGAACCUCGAGGUGAUUCAGGAAGGGGAUGGACCAGCAAUCUCCAGCGAUGGCAGGGCCCUCAUCGUCCCCACAGUCACACGCAAUGACUCAGGCACCUACCACUGCGAGACUAGGAACCACCUGGGAUCCAGGCUCAGCGAAGCCCUCAUAGUUGACGUGGCCUAUGGCCCUGACAUCCCCACGGUGACUGCAGAGGACCCAGAUUUUGUGAUUGGUUCCAACCUCACCCUCAUCUGCUCUGCUGACUCCUACCCUCAUGCCCAGUACACGUGGAGCAUCAAUGGGCUCCCCAAGUCUGAGGGCCAGACCCUCUUCAUUUCCAGUCUCUCCAGGGCACACUCAGGAGUCUAUACCUGCAAUGCCUCAAAUCCCAUUUCCGGUUUGCACAGUAGUGUGGACAUCAGCAUCACUGUCUCAGAGACACUUCCCCAGCCCAACAUUACAGCCAGUAACUUUGCUCCAGUGGAGCACACAGACUCUAUCAGUCUGCACUGCCUUCCUCCGAGGAGCACUGUGGCCAUCCAGUGGUAUAUCAAUGGCCAGAACCUCUUCACUGGAGGCCGCAAGGAGCUGUCCCCAGACCAUCGGACACUGACUUUGAGGAACAUCACCAGGAAUGACACAGGGCUCUACCAGUGUGAGAGCCGGAACUCAGCCACGAGCAGCAUUAGCAACCCUGUUCUCAUCAAGGUCAUAUAUGGUCCAGAUCCUCCCACAGUCAACCCUUCAGACCCAGAGGUCAGGGCUGGGUCAGCCCUCACCCUGUCCUGCUUUGCUGACUCCAACCCUCCUGCCCAGUACCACUGGGAGAUGGAUGGGAGACCAGGCCCUGACACCCAGCAUCUGAUCAUCCCUGAGGUCUCUCUGGGCCAGGAGGGCAGUUAUACCUGUGAAGCCUCCAACAGCAUCACUCACCUCCACAGUUCAGUCAAUGGGAAGAUCCGGAUCUCAGAGGCUCCUGAGGACAACCUGCAGCCCUCCUUGGUCAGGACUGCUAUUCCUAGUGGGGGCAUCGCGGGGAUCGCCCUGGGCGUCUUGAUCGGCGUGGCGCUCACAGGGACGGCCGGCUACUUCGUUGGGGUCAUGAGAUCCCAGGGGCCGGGAUCCAUGGGACCUGCUAGCUGGCGGAGCCACCACUGGGCAGGAAUCCUGCUUGCAGCCUCGCUUCUCAGCACAUGGAGUCCUCCCACUGCAGCCCAGCUCACCCUCUACACCACCCCACUUGCCACCCAAAAACCGCCGUCCAAGCCUACCAUUACGGUCAGCUCUACCACUGCCGUCGAGCAGAGGGACCGCAUAACCUUCUACUGUGGCACCAACGACGUUGACAUCACCAUCCACUGGGUCUUUCAAAACCAGGACCUGGUGUUCCAGGAGCGCAUGCAGCUAUCUGUGGAUGGCAAGACCCUCACUAUCCUUACUGUCCAGCGAGAGGACUCUGGGGAUUACCAGUGCGAAGUCUGGAAUGCCCAUGGAAUCCAGAGCAGUGAUCCCACUUCCCUGAUUGUGUGGUAUGGUCCUGACCCUGUGGAAAUCACGUCGGACCCUGUUGUACCCAAUGGGAAGGUGGUCGAGGUGACAGAGGGCUCCACUGUGAACCUCAUGGCGAAAACACUGUCUCAUCCAACUCCUUCCUAUGCCUGGCUUCUCCCGGAUGACUCCAUCCCAUCUUACACUGGAAGAACACUCACCAUCCAUGACAUAUCUAAGCAACAUGAAGGUGUGUACAGGUGCUUGGUGUCCAACAGUGACACCCACCUGUCCCGCGUCGGAGUUCUUGAAGUCCAAGUCCUUGAAACACUGACCAAGCCUCAGGUGGUGCCCUCCAGUAUGGACCUCGUGGAGAAUGUCAGUUCCGUGAACCUUACCUGCAACACCACCCAUGAAAGGGUUUCGGUUCAGUGGUUCCAGAGUGGCCAGUUCAUCAUGCCCAGUGGGCACCUUGAGCUGUUGGCCAACAAUAAGACCCUGGGCAUCCAUGGCCUCCAGCGGAAUGACACGGGGCCCUACGAGUGUCAGAUCUGGAACAGGGACAGCCAAGCCCGGAGCGACCCCCUCUGGCUGACCAUCAACUAUGGCCCUGACCGAGUGGACAUCACCAGGGAGCCGGCAUCUGGAGUGGUCAGCACGGUUGAAGCAGAGCUCAACUCCACCCUGACCCUGCGGUGUAGGGCUGAAUCCCAGCCAGGCCCUAACUAUCGCUGGGACUUUGGACACCUCACUGAGGUGUAUGUGGGAGAACAACUGAUCAUCCAGGCUCUGACCUGGGAACUCCAGGGGACCUACCACUGCACAGCCUCCAACCCUCUGACUGGCCAGGUCCGUUCCGCCUCUGUCCUGGUCAAGGUGGUAGGUCUCUCAGGCCCCCAGUCCUCCUCCCUGUCUGCAGGGGCCAUUGCUGGUAUUGUCAUCGGGAUCCUGGCUGUCAUCGCCCUGGUCUCAGGACUGGGCUAUUUCCUCUACGUCAGAAGUGCCAGAGGGCCCUCAAAGAGAACAUCAGAGAACCCCAUCCAUGAGACCACACGACCCACUUCCGAGGAGGUGCAUCCUACAGUGGCCAAUUUCAACAGGAUGAAUCUCGAGUAUUCCAAUAUACCAAAGCCAUGGGAACAAAUCAGAGGCAAAGAGAUGCUGCCAACAGAGCACCCAGAGCAGUUCUAUGAGAGGGAGCCACCUUCAGCAACCCGUGAAGAUUAUGUUCCCAGCUCCAGGAAGCUUCCAACCAAACCUGCAGAGCCGCCAUUGGUCUGCGAUCUAUCACAAGAAAACACAGACUCGGAUUAUGAGGUGCUUGUGAAUCCAGGGGCCGACAUUUACUGCCAAAUCAACCCCUCAACCUAAUGGAAGCAGAGAUCCUUUCUCCAGAAGUCCUUUCUCCAGAAACCACACUCAGGGACCAGCAGUUAGCAUAAUGGCUAUGUCGCUAAACUCCCAUG